CAACGCGAUUGAUUCAACAUAAAAGUGGUGUUGAAAUAAUUUAUUAAUAGAUAAACGUUGGAAACGUAAUAUCGAUUAUAUUGAACGUAAUUAAGACGAAACAAUCAAUAGCGUAUAGUUGAAUCAAAGUGUAUUUAGUGUGUCUACGGCAGUGGCACGCGGCAGACCGAGCUGAGGCCGCCAAAUGUCAGUGUGUCGACCUGCAUAACAAACAUAGUGUUACAAUUUAAUGGAAUUAUGACUGAAAAAAGCGUUAUGGACGACAAGAGAAAUGGUCAAAAUGGGAUCGUACAACCUCUUCUUACGGAUUUAUAUCAAAUUACAAUGGCUUACGCGUAUUGGAAAUCCGGGAAAACCAAAGAUUACGCCGUAUUCGAUUUGUUUUUUCGAAAAAACCCUUUCCAAGGUGAAUUUACGAUCUUCGCCGGCCUGGAGGAGUGUUUAAAGUUUUUGGAACGUUUCCAUUACUCGCUCAGCGAUUUAAAUUAUUUAAGAUUGACAUUAUCACCUACAAUUGAGGAAGAAUUUUUCGAAUUUUUAAGUAAAUUAACUGCAAAAGAAGUUACUUUGUAUGCCCUGGAAGAAGGGUCAGUUGCAUUUCCAAGAAUUCCGCUAUUACGAGUUGAAGGUCCGUUAAUAAUCGUUCAAUUGCUUGAAACAACGUUAUUAACUCUCGUUAAUUAUGCGAGUUUGAUGGCCACGAAUGCGGCAAGAUACAGAAUGGCUGCGGGUGAAUUAAAGCUAUUGGAGUUUGGUCUCCGGAGGGCCCAAGGCCCUGACGGUGGUUUAUCCGCAUCGAAAUAUUCAUAUAUCGGUGGUUUUGAUGGUACAAGUAACGUACUAGCCGGAAAAUUAUUCAACAUUCCAGUAAAAGGAACGCAUGCCCACGCGUAUAUAACUUCGUUUACAAACUUAGAUGAGUUGAACAAACAUUUUUUGGUCCCAAAAGGAGGAGGGGAGCAAAAAGACCUGAUGGAAUUGGCAACGAAUUGGAGAUUAUCACUGGUGCCGCUAUUCAAAAUGGCUAGUUGCGAAGCUAACGAUGGCGAAUUGGCCGCUCUAAUAUCCUUUGCGAUCGCAUUUCCGGAUGGAUUCAUGGCUUUAGUCGACACGUACGAUGUUAAGAGGUAUCCAUGUCGCAUGCGUCACGCCAUCACCUUGCGGCCUGUCACCCUACCAAACACCCUAUCGCAUAACGAGUACAGGAGUGGUUUAUUAAAUUUUUGCGCUGUCGCUUUGGCUUUAAACGAAUUAGGGUAUAAAGCGAUUGGGAUUCGUAUAGAUAGCGGUGAUUUGGCGUAUCUUUCUAAGGUCGCCCGACAUCAUUUCGUUGAAAUCGGUAAAAAAUAUGAUAUCCCAUGGUUUGGAAAUUUAAUGAUAAUGGCAUCGAACGAUAUCAACGAAGAAACAAUACUUAGCUUGAACGAACAAGGACACAAAAUCAAUUGUUUUGGAAUCGGAACGCAUUUGGUAACGUGUCAACGUCAACCAGCCUUAGGUUGCGUUUAUAAAAUGGUCGAAUUGAACGAACAGCCUCGAAUAAAGUUAAGCCAAGAUGUUGCUAAAGUUACUAUGCCGGGGAAAAAAGAUGCGUAUCGUUUAUAUAGCGAGAGUGGUGAUGCUUUGAUCGAUUUAUUACAAAGAUCUGUCGAGGAUCCACCUAAAAUUAACGAAAAAGUUUUAUGUAGACAUCCUUUUGAAGAAUCAAAAAGAGCGUAUGUUAUUCCAUCGAAAGUUGAAAAGUUGCACAAACAAUUUUGGGCUAACGGAACAAUUGUUAACCCGUUGCCAAGUUUGGAUCAAGUCAGGGAAAAGGUACAAAUGUCUUUAAAGACUUUACGACCGGAUAUAAAACGAAAUUUAAAUCCUACACCAUUUAAAGUUGCCGUUAGCGACGCCUUAUAUAAUUUUUUGCAUCAAUUAUGGUUGGAAAACGCACCAAUAGGCGAGUUAUCUUAAAGAAGGAGAAGGAAACAUUUUUGGGAAAACAAAGAAUUUUACAGUUGAAGAUUGCCAGAAAAUUUAAAUGAAACGGCGUGUUCUAAGAAGUACUUUUUAAGUCUUGAAAAAGUUUAAUAUCUGUUGGUUAUUAAAAAUAUAUAUUUUUUAUAAGUA